AUGGCUCGUCUCAGUUCUCUUCGCCGCAAUUCACGUUGCCGCGCACUCCACCACGCACCCCAUCGCCGUUCCCGAUAUAUGAGAUGCCAGCAGACAACUUUCCUGAGGUUGGAAAACCGAUUCCCAGGAUGGAGCGGCCUGAAUGCUGUGGAGGGCGAUGCUUUCCUCGACCCUCGUCACUGCAAUCGACCGGGUGCACCGAUGCCGAUGCCGACACCGAAGGAGAGGAAGAGCUUGGAUGUCGACGAGUUAGUAAAGGCCCUGAGAGAUGGAAGGAAGGGUAGAUCAGCUGCACAAUGCGCUGAGCCUCUUGCAAAUCGUCUCUCAGUCUGGCUGUCGGCAGAAUCAGAGAACCGAAGCGUGGGAUAUCCUUUGAAGAAGGAGAGAGCCUUUGGUGACGGAGGAGCCUUUGAAGGAGUUGGGAGCCUGUGA